GGAGGGAGGGAGCUUCAUCAGGAGGCGAUGGCGGCACCGCCGUGACAUCACCCCGCGGCUUAUAUAGUUGGGGAAGGGUCCAGGUCCCCCGUCUGGUGCCGGCAGCCGCCCGCCAGCGCGUGUGCUGAAGGCGCGGAGAGGCGCGGAGCGGCGCGGAGCGGCGGGACUCUGUCUGUCUGUCUCUCUCUCUCUCUCUCUCCGUCUCUCCCCAGGAUUUAUGGACUUUACUUUCUAAGCGGGCGGCGCGACACGAGGAUGAGAGCCCAGCUGGUGUGCGUGGUGCUGCUGGCCUUGGCCUCCUGCAGCCUCUGCUCAGAUUCAGAAGAGGAAAUGAAAGCGUUAGAAGCAGAUUUAUUGACCAAUAUGUACACAUCAAAGAUUACCAGAGCAAAACUUCCUUACUGGAAAGUGACCCUGCUAAAUGUCUGCAAUCUUGUCAACAACAUAAACAACCAAGUGGGGGAAACAGUAGAGGUGGAUGAAGAGGAACUUGUUUCAGGAAGACAGUUUCCUGCUGCUCUGGAUGGCUUCAGCUUGGAAGCAAUGCUGACAGUAUAUCAACUCCAAAAAGUUUGCCACAGUAGAGCCUUUCAGCACUGGGAGUUACUUCAGCAAGAUGCUUUUGAUCUAGAUAACUCAAGCCAAGAGAAGGAAAUAAUGAAAAGAAAAAAUCCCUAUAUUCUGAAACGACAGCUACAUGUGAACAAAGCUAGAAGACCAUACAUACUCAAGAGAAGUUCAUAUUACUGAUGCAGCAGAAGAAAACAAUGUAUAUUUAGUUUAUAGGUAACUGUGCGUUAUGGUUAUCUUAUUUAAAUCUAAAAUCAUACUUGUGUGAAAACAUAUUAUGGAAAAUCAUCAAGAUGAUAACUGUGUCUUUUUUGCAAUUGCUGUUUCUUGAUUGUGAUUUUUUCCUACUUGAGAUUAAUUGGACCAAUACAUUUGCAAAUAAAUCUAGUUUCUAAGCA